CACGAGUGUUAUAAAAAGGAGCUGUUUGUAGGGAUUUUUUUUUUCAAGAUUUCCUACCACAAGCAUACACGCAUACGCACGCACAAGCACAAAGUAACGAACGUUAUGUCCUCUGUCCGCACCAUUUCCCGCUCCCUCCGUCUCCGUCCCGUUCUCCGCGCACCCCAACCACGUCUCACUCUCCAACAGAGAUGCUACGCAUCAGGAGCCAAAGCCGCCAAACCCGGUGCUUCAAGCAAACUACUAUGGACAGGAAUUGCAGCGGCUGUUCUUGGUGGAGGGUAUUACUACAUACAGCAAACCCCCGGUAAAAAGAAGCUUGACCAAGCUGUCGAUAGCGCAAAAUCCGGUGACGUUCGUCAAGCAGCCGCACAGGCCACCCAAGCCGUCUCCGACUCUUAUCCCGAACUCACUAAAACCCUUUCCUCCCUCCUCGGCAAGGAAUUUGGUGAUGCGGUAACAAAAGCCCUCGACGCAGCCAACAAGGCCCGUGACGCAGCUUCCAAGGGGUUGGACACGGAAACAGGCCGUAAGCUCCAAGAACGCGCCAAAGAGAUUGAAGAAGGUGCACGGGCGGUGUUGCGGGAUGCCAUGGAGCUUCGCAAGCAAGCCGUCAAAGAACUCGGUCCUGCUGCUAAAAAGCACUAUGAGGCUGUCAAGGACUCUAUAUCCGCUACAAAGGGGUCAAGCUGGGAUACGGUCGAGACGGGUCUAAAGGCUUUGAGGAAGGAGGGAUCGGAAUUGUUGGAGGAAGCCAAGCAAUCACAUGUCGGGGAGGAAUUGAAAAAGAGAAUCAAGGAUUUGGUUGCCAAGGCGGAUGACCUGCGGAAACAGGCUGAAGCGUAUUUGCAUGACAAGCGUAAAUAGAUGUUAUUGUAUGCGUGUCCUCUUGUACCAUUUCUUUUUUUGCAUUAAAAUCUGGCUUUCCGAUCUGUUCGUUUGAUCGAGAAGGUUGAUUAUCUAAUCCAAAUGCUGGCUGGCU